CCGACAUCUCACUGGCACUUUGACGUCACGCCUAGCAUCAAUCUGACGUCAAAUUCUCUCACCGGGCGGACAUUCUACUCCUGUCCAGCACUGUCAUGAGCCUCAUGGCAGAGCUGGCAGGCACAAUCAAUGAUGGCAGUGUGACAUAUAUGAAGGACGGCGACUUGCUGUUGCCGGCCUGAACACUUCACGUCAAGUUUCCGUCUCUACACACACCAUAAAACUGCCUACACAGCGAUACCAAAAUCAACGCUGGCCAAUUCAAUUCACCAGGAAAGAACGACAAGAGCUACCCUACCUUUAUAGUUCAGAUUCAACCAAGCCAUCCAACAUGCCCGCCGAUCCCCAGAAAGUCGACGAGGUCCGCCAGAACCUGCCCCUCCCCGAGCAGCCCCCUGUUCCGUCCGACUGGCAGAGCGCCGACGCCCGCAACGUCAACGUCGGCAGCGGCCGCGAUGUCACUUCUGACAUUUCAACCGGGCCCGCCUCGACCGCGGGUCUGCGCGAGCCCCAGGCCUCGGACAACGUCGACCUGAGCAAGAUUGGCCGGCAGGGCAAGGACAACCUCGACGGCCCUCCCAAGGAUGCCGCUUAUCGCCGCUAGAGGUCCCGUGUCAUGAAAGAAAAUCAAAAAGAAAAAGAGGCAUUGCAGUUCCAUCAGCGUUGCGGAGUAUUGUUGAUUAGAGAAGGACUUGAGAGAUUGACAAGGGUCAGUUUGCGUAUGGGUAUACAGCCCUUGUACGAUAUAUGCUGUUCACCAAGUUGUCCAGAGAGGGGGUUUGGGUAGUCCUCGCAACCAUGAAAGAGAGAUAAAACAUUUAAUGAACGACGAUAUGACGAUAUAAUACCG